AUGAAUUGUUUGCCAAAAAUAGACUAUAAGGUAUUUGAAGAAUUGGGUAAAGGUGGCUUUGCAACAGUAUACAAAGCAACACGUAAAAUCGAUAAUUUAGAAGUUGCUUGUAAAAUGAUUGAUCGUAAAAAAAUUCAAAAAACUAGUUUACAACAUCGAAUGCAAACUCGUGGUACAAUGCAUGAACGUUUAAAAAGUGAAAUUGAAAUUCAUUCAAGAUUAAAACAUCCACAUAUUGUUGACUUACUUAAUUAUUUUGAAGAUGAAAAUUAUGUUUAUUUAAUAUUAGAAUUAUGUCAUAAAGGAGAUUUAGAAAAAUAUUUAAAAUCUAAAAAAGUUCUUAGUGAAAAUGAAACUCGAAUAUAUAUUAAACAAGUAAUUGAAGGUUUACAAUAUUUACAUGGACACGGAAUAUUACAUCGUGAUAUUAAAUUGCAAAAUUUAUUAUUAACAGAAAAUCAUGAUAUUAAAAUAGCCGAUUUUGGUUUGGCAAAAAAAGUGGAAACAAGAGAUGAAAAAAAUCAUACUAUGUGUGGAACACCAAAUUUUUUAUCACCUGAAAUAGCAAUGAGAAGUGCUCAUAGUUUUGAAACUGAUGUAUGGUCAUUAGGAAUAUUAAUUUCUACUCUACUUACUGGUCGACCACCAUUUGAUACUGAAAAUAUUUUAUCGACUCUAAGUCGGGUAGCUAAAGUUGAUUAUGAAUUACCGUCAAGUUUAAGCGAAGAAGCACAAGAUUUAAUUAAUAAUAUUUUGCAAAAACAACCAGAAAAUAGAUUAACACUUGCACAAGUCAAAGAACAUCCCUUUUUUUCAAAAGAAUAUUCGAGACAUUCAUCAACCUAUGAAAGAAGUUAUGAAAAAUUAUUUUUGACGAUGGGUCCGGAUGCGUCCGUUGACAGCGGUCUUGGAGCAUCAUCUGUGAGAUCUGGUUAUUCUCGACCAUCAAUUUUAAGUCAGAAUCCACCAUCGACAUACGAUAAAACUUAUCCAGCUAAUCUCUAUACAGCAAAUCCUAUGUCGCCAUCAUCAUCUCAACAGCCGUCCUAUUUCAAUCGAUCUAAAACACCACAUGAUUUACUCGACAAUGUUUAUCCGGCAACUUCUACUCCAGUCGUUCAUUCAUCAUCAAAUAUUAUGUAUCAGAACUCUACAACGCCAUCACAACCAAUUAAAGCAAGACGAAGUCCAUCAUUGGAUAUUCGUCGUAAUGGUAGCGAAUGGACAGCAACAAAUAACAACAAUACGAAUGAUACUAAUCGUCCCGAUAGUGCUUCAUCUUCCCUUGUUUCUCGUGAUAGUGGUUUACCUCGUUCCGAUUUAAAAUCGUCACGUGAUUAUAGUGCCAAAUCGAGUGGCGCUGAAUCAUCAAAAUAUUCAUCAUCUUAUCGAAAUGGUCUUGCAUCACCAAGUCUCUCAUCAGUAUCAGGUGCACAAAGUAUACGAUCAACAAGAAGUAAUGCUGCAUCUAAUGAACAACAACAACAAACUUCUAUGACUACAGAAGGAAUGAGACCACCAGCAGCCAAUCUUGAUGAUUCAUGUGAACAUCACAAUAUUCAUGAAGUUUUACAGCAAUUGAAUACACAAAGAUUAAGACCAUUGAGACAAGCAACAAGAUCCGUUAUUAUGAGUAUAUUGGAAAAUGGCGAGGUUGUGUUGGAAUCAACUCGAACAAAAGGAACAAAAAAACGAAUUAUUGAUGUAUUUAGAAUAUCAACAGAUGGAAAUAAGAUUAUAAGCUAUGUUCCAAAUAGCCGUCAUGGUUCUCCAAUUGGCGAUUAUCCGCCUCCAUUACCAAAAGAUAAGGGUGCUUAUCUUGAAUAUGAAUUUGAUAAUUUACCAUCGGCAUAUUGGAAAAAAUAUCAAUAUGCACUCAAAUUUGUUAAUCUUGUUCGUUCUCGUACACACAAAGUUGUUUUACAUACACCAGAAGCAAAAUGUGUACUUAUGGAAACAGCUGUUGAUUUUGAAGUAAAUUUUGUAUGUGGCGUAAAAAUAAUGAUCUAUCGUGAUGGUUUUAAACUAGAUGAUCCAUUAAAAAUUAAAUUAUCAAACGGAGUAGAUGGAUCAACAACCAUACUUGAUUAUGAACGAGCGAUAACACCAAAUUUAUCUGGAACUGGACAUUUUGCUCCAGAACUACAAAAAAUGUUAGAAAACUCAUUUAAAUAUUAUAAAUAUUGUUUAUCAAAAGAUCGUUUAUUAGAAGAUGAUCAACAUUUAUUUCCUUAUAUUCAAACAUUUCCCGUUAUUUUUGGAAAAAGAUCAACUUCGGCCUGUUCAAUCGGUCGUUCUCUCUCUCAACAAUUUGGUUCUUCUUCGACUGUAAAUGAACUCGGUUUGCCUUUAACAUCGAGUAAUGGCGGAGGAGCAGGUGGUGGUGGUUCAAAUACUUCUCCCACUUCCACUCUUUACACAUCUGGCCAUGCACUACCUAUUCGUCGUACAUUUGCAAGUGAUUCCGAUAUUAGGCGCUCGCAAAAUACAAAUAAUUCAACAUCAGCUACGUCUUCAAAUCAAAUUCUAAAUAAUAACAUUCCAUCCUCAUCAACAUCGUCAUUAAUUCAAAAUAUACCAUCAUCAUCGACAAGAGCGACACAUGCUGUUCUCUAUCAACCACAAUAUUCAACAACAUCGACAACAGAUCAACAAAUAGCCAUAAAACCACAUACUUAUCGAGCUAUACCUAUGCAACAACAUCAACAAUAUUCAGUUACUCAAUUGCCUCCCUCUUCAUCUUCCUCUUCACUCUCACGACUAGGUAAUUCAAAUUCGAACACAAAUUUUCCUUCAACGACCUCCUUAAAUUCUACUGCAAGUGGUUCAACAACAACAGCACCGGCUACUACUCCAUUUAAGAAAAAUGUUCACGGUGUCGGUUCCAUUUGUCAACAACAUAAUGGCGAUGUAGAAAUUCAAUUUAUUGAUGGUAGUUUAAUGAGAUUGACCGUAAAUUUAGACGAAGAACAAAUAUAUACCGAUUCAAAUGGAAAACGUUAUUAUUUUGAUCGUUUUGGACAACGAGAAAUUCCAGAUGUUGUUAAACAAAAAUUAUUUUUGAUACAAAAAUAUAAAUUAUUUGAUUCAUUAACAUUGAAUAAUAAUAAUAAUAAUAAUAAUCAAAAAUGA